CUCCACCAUCUCCGCCUGCCCCGCCAGCAGUGUGCCACCUGCCAUCCACGCCGCUGCGCACUGCUCCCUCUUCACGCCGCUCACUCUCGCGCCCGAACUGCUGCACUGAUUGCACUGCAGAGCGCGCGCCCUCGCCCCGAGCCGCCGCUCCUGCUGUCCGCUGCGCCGCCAUGUCUUCGCUCGACUCGAUCAUGCCGCCGGCCGCACCGGCCCCGGCCCCUGCGCCGGCUCCUGCGCCGGCCCACGCCAACGGCGACGCGUCGAGCGGCGCGGAAGCUGUGCCUGGAGCACACGAGUCUGCCCAUGAUGUCAAGGUGGAGGGCAGUGCGGCCGAGGGACUGGCGGCCAACGGCGCAUCGGACACGGCCGCCGCGACGAAUGGUGCCGCUCCAACCAAGCUGAGCCCGGUCACAGUCGGCGGCGAAGCAGCGGGAGAGCCAGUGGCGCUCGGCUCCAGCCCUGGUGCAGCGGCGGCGCCAAGUGAUGUUGCCAUGUCGGACCCCGUGCCGGCCUCCGACGCAGAUGCCGCCUCGGGCCCCAUGUCGUCCGCCAUCGACAUGCCGGAGCCCGCAGCGUUCGUCGCCGCUGCUGCUCCCGCUGCCAGCUCUCCGAGCGGCCCCGCCUCCUCGCCGCCCGUCGGCGCCAAUGGCGACGCCACGCCUGCGGCGAAGCGCCAGCGCAAGUCUGUGGCGCCCUUUGAGCUCGACACCACUGCGCCUGCGUCUCCCUCCGUCACCUCGCUCGCACCUGCGUCGGCCGUGGGCAUGACAGCCGCGCAGCUCAAGUUCGCGCAGUCGGUCAUCAAGUCACUCCGCAGCCGUUCUGAAGCACUGAACUUCCUCGAGCCUGUCGAUCCCCAGGCGCUCGGCAUCCCGCACUAUCCCAGCAUUGUCAAGGAGCCGAUGGACUUCACCACCAUCGGCCUGAAGCUUUCGUUUUCGUCUGCUGCGCUGAGUCGCCGCCCGACCGAGGCGAUCCGCAAGGCUGCCCUGUACAAGCUCGACGCGACGCGCGACGUCUAUGGCAGCGCGAAGGAGUGGGAGCAGGAUGUGCGCCGCAUCUUCAACAACUGCCGCCUGUUCAACGGGCCCGAUCAUCCCAUCUCCCAGAGUGGCGACACGCUCGAGACGCUCUUUGAUGGGCAGCUGCCGAAGCUGCCGCCUUCCGAGACCGCACCCACUCCCGAGGCGAAGGCCCGGCGCUCGUCAGCCUCCGUGCCCACGAUUCGUCGCUCCUCGGUCGACACGACUGGACGACCGAAGCGCGAAGUGCACCCGCCUCCGUCGCGCGACCUGCCGUGGAGUGACAUGCCGGGCGCCGGUGGUGCUGGCGUCAGCACUGGCGGGCGCAAGGCCUCCGUCUCGAAGCGCAAGGGCAAGACGAUGACGCCGCGGCAGCGCGCACACGCCGAGCGCGUCGCCGCAGACGAGCUCAAGUACGCAUCCAAGGUCGUCUCGGCGCUGCUGCGCGAGAAGGGCGCGCGCGAGUUCACGUGGGUGUUCGACUCGGUGCCCGACAAGUCCCUGGACUUUGCGCCAGCGUACUACGCGAUGAUCAAGCGUCCCAUCGCGCUCGACACCAUCGACGGCAAGCUCAAGCAGGGCGACUACAACGACCUCGCCGAGUUCGAGGCCGACAUGAACCUGCUCUUCGACAACUGCUUUACCUUCAACACGCCUGGCUCGGACGUGUUCAUCAUGGGCGAGCGCACGCGCGCGCUGUUCCGCGAGCGCAUGAAGAAGAUGCCCAAGGCCAAGGAGAUGUCGCCCGAGAUGGAAGACGACGAAGACGAGGAUGCGCUAGGAGAGGAUGAUGAUGAGGACGAGGGAGACCGUGCCGCUAUGCUGAAGCGCCAGAUUGCCGCGCUCAAGGCCGAGCUGGAAGCGACGGAGAAGGCGGGCAAGACGGCGAGCAAGGGCAGCACGAAGGCACUGGCCUCUGCCAAGGCCAGUCUGGCCUCAACCGCGGGCAGCAAGGCCGGCAAGAAGCGCGCGGCGAGCGACGCAGCCGGCAGCAGCCCUGCGGCAAAGAAGAAGGCGCCGGCGCCGAAGAAGGCCAAGGCUUCGGGCUCGGGCGCGCAGGCUGCGGCCUCGGCGGCCGAGGAGCCCAAGCAGCCGAAGGCGCACAAGAAGAAGGCCGCGCCGAAGAAGGCUGGCGGAGGCGGCGGCGGCGAGGAGGAGGAGGUGCGCGUCGUGUCCUAUCACCAGAAGGAGGAGCUGGCUGCAAAGAUCACGCAGCUGCCCGACGAACGCCUCGAGGGCGCGCUGCGCAUCAUCGCAGAGGACAAGCCGCAGACGUCGGCCGACGACGAGGAGAUCGAGCUGGACAUCGACGACCUCUCGCCGCGGACGCUGUACCGCCUGUACCGCUACGUCGUCAAGCCAAAGGUCAAGAAGGCGCCGACGGGCAAGGCCGCUGCGGACGGGCGGAAGCGAGGCACGGGCGGCGUCAAGAGAAAGAAUCUGGACGAGGGAGAAGAGGCGGCACGCAUUCUGAAGCUGCAGGAGCAGCUCAUGCAGUUCGACAAUGCCGAGGCUGGCGGCUCUGCUCAGCCCGCAGCGGCGACGCAAGCAGGCGCACACGACGACCACGUCGAGAGCAGCUCCGAGGAGGAGUCGGACAGCGAGUCGGACAGCGAGUACGAGUGAGCAUGUCUGGCCGCUGCCGCGGGCCUGUCUCCUGCUGGCGCUGCGCCUGGUGCAGCUGCAUCGGGGCGCCGAACCGCGGGCCAAGCAACCUCCUCUUUCCUCCUUCACUCCUUCAUCCUCAAUCCCACGCACCUCCACUCCUUUGCACCUGCUCUCUCCUGUGUCCCCUUGUACUCUACUUGAAAAAGGAUCUUGGGCGAUCUCCUCGAUCUGCCCGCGUCUUUCGCG